UUUGUAGUGCAGAGAGAAAGAGAAAGAGAAAGAGAUGGGGAGGAGGAUAUUAAACGACGCGUUGCGGUCAAUAGUGAAUGGAGAGAGGAGAGGCAAAUCUAAUGUAGAGCUGAAACCAAUCUCCACUGUGAUGUCUUCUUUUCUUAAUAUCAUGAAAUAUCGAGGAUAUAUCAAGGAUUUUCAAGUUUAUGAUCCACAUAGGGUGGGGAGGAUAACAGUUCAACUACUAGGCAGGGUUAAAGAUUGCCGGGCGCUCACUUACAGGCAGGAUAUCAAGGCGAAAAAUAUUGAAGAGUACACAACACGUACACUUCCAACUCGUCAGUGGGGUUAUGUUGUGAUAACAACUCCGGAUGGUGUUUUGGAUCAUGAAGAGGCUCAAAGACGAAAUGUAGGUGGUCAGGUUCUUGGUUAUUUUCAUUAGAUAACCUUCUUGUCUAUCUGAAAACAUUUGGGUGGGGAAUAGUUUGGAAGUAGCGGGCGGCCUACCUUCACCAGCAAGAAUAUGUUAAACUUUCAGUUCAAAUCUAUCUGGGUUUUGUAUCAAUUGUCGAAUUCGAUAAAUGAUAGAGCAUAAUUGAACAGGUCUGGUUGUCGAUGCAAUGUUUUCCAUACAUUUAACACUAAUGAUUGAUUCGUGCUGUUUGCAUC